AUGCGUGUGCACACGGGCGAACGUCCCUAUGCGUGCGACCAUCCUGGGUGUGGGAUGAAGUUUACUACAACUGGUAAUCUGAAAGGACACAAACAUGUGCACAGGGACGAACGUCCCUAUGCGUGUGACUCUCCUGGGUGUGGCAUGGGGUUUACUCAACGUGGGACUUUGGAAAGACACAAACGCGUGCACAGGGGCGAACGUCCCUAUGCGUGUGACUAUCCUGGGUGUAGCAUGACGUUCACUGACAAGGGUACUAUGAAAAGACACAAAAACGUGCACACGGGCGAACGUCCCUAUGCGUGUGACUAUCCUGGGUGUGGCAUGGGGUUUACUCAACGUGGGACUUUGGAAAGACACAAACGCGUGCACACGGGCGAACGUCCCUAUGCGUGUGACUAUCCUGGGUGUGGCAAGAAGUUUAAGCAAAGCAGUAAUUUGACAAAACACAAACGCAUGCACUCGGGCGAACGUCCCUAAGAGAGUGACUUACCUGGGUGUGGCAUGGAAUUCAAUACAAUUCGCAGUCUGAUAUAAAACAAACGCGUGCACACGGGCGAACGUCCCUAUGCGUGUGACUAGUACAAAGGUUAAACGUUCUGAUGGUCUACGCCGCCAUAGACGUGUUCACAGCUGUAAACACGACUCAUCCGAUUGAACACAAGGCGCUGCACAGAUGGGGCUAUUCAAUGAACGCAGGCGACUGCGUUUGUCGCCAUCACACGUUCAUUCAAAAGAUAUUUAUUUAUACCCAUGCCGUUGUAGCAAUGCGCGAUGCGUGUGUUCAAGCCAGAACCAUGAAGUCUUCUAUUGAUAUACCGUUUGAACUGUGCUGCAACUGUUGGUAGACUGGGGGUUGUACUGGGUGUGUUGCAUACUCUAUAUAAAACCGUUAACGAGCAACCGUAUUGUUGUUGUUGAGAUCUUCCUUUGUCUCUAAAUGCGUCACUGCCGGACCGCCUUAAUCCGUUUACUACUUUUAUUCUUGUAACUAAUAAACGAAUUAAGCAC